UCCUCACUGAAGUGCAGAAGACCAAGCACAUACCAACUACUGCAGCACUCUGUCGUUGAGGUACAUUGUGAUUGGUAUAUUUACCUAUAUUUCAACUAUUUACAAUGGACGCGAACACUUGCAACAUUCAGGUUCUUCUGCAAGCUGCUGAAUUCUUGGAGAGAAGAGAACGAGAGGCAGAGCAUGGCUAUGCAUCAGUGUUGCCCUUCUACAGUCCAGGGGACUCUGAGAAGAAGAGUAAGCAGAAGAACAAGAAGCUGCAGGCUGCCGGUAGUAACAGGACAGUCCAUAAUGAGUUGGAGAAGCACAGACGUGCUCAGUUGAGACACCACCUGGAACAGUUGAAGCAGCAGGUUCCUCAGGUGUCUGACUCCAUGAGAAACACCACCCUGAACCUGCUGAGACGGGCUCAGACACACAUCAGGAAGCUGCAGGACCAGGAUGAACGUGCGGAGCAGUUGAAGGGUCGUCUGCGUUGGGAGCAGAGAGAGCUGAGGGUGAGGCUAGAGCAGCUCCAGGGACAUGGAGGCCUGGGGGGUCUGACUGGUCUGGGCCCUGGGGGUCAGGGAGGAGCUGGAGCGGUCUCAGAGAGGAUGAGGAACGACAGCCUGGGAUCAGCAGCCAUGUCCUCUUCAGAGAGAUCUGACUCUGACAGAGAAGACGUGGAGGUUGAUGUGGAGAGUAUAGUGUUUGACUGUCUGGACUCUGAUGGACUGGGGGCGGUCCCUCACACAGAUACAGAUCACUGUUACUCCAGCAGCGCUGCCUGGGCCGGGCUAUGACCUACCUACCACUGUACACUACACACACGCCUCUGGGAGGGACACACCGGGGUCUUACGUCGGACUUUACAGGGACGAGCGUCGGGGUGACGUCACCUGACAUAAGACGCCGGGGACACAAAGGAGGAAAAACAUUCCAAAUAAGACAAAGGACAAAGAAAUAAGGAAAGAAGAGAAUGAGGAACAACCUCAACAUUACUGAACAGGUGGAACAACCUCAACAUUACUGAACAGAAGGAACAACCUCAACAACAUUACUGAACAGGUGGAACAACCUCAACAUUACUGAACAGGAGGAACAACCUCAACAUUACUGAACAGGAGGAACAACCUCAACAUUACUGAACAGGAGGAACAACCUCAACAUUACUGAACAGGUGGAACAACCUCAACAUUACUGAACAGGUGGAACAACCUCAACAUUACUGAACAGGAGGAACAACCUCAACAUUACUGAACAGGAGGAA